AUGGCGUCGUUUCUCGAAAAUACGUACAGUCUGGUCCAUAUGGACAACACGGCGGACCAGCCGACUAUACAGGAGCUGAAGCUGCAGCUGGAGAAGGGCACCGAUGAGACCAAGAUGGAGACAAUGAGGACAAUUGUUACAAUCAUGCUCAAUGGGGACCCCAUGGCGCAACUGUUGAUGCACAUUAUUCGCUUUGUCAUGCCCUCCAAGAGCAAGGCGCUGAAGAAAUUGCUGUACUUCUACUACGAGAUCUGCCCCAAACACGAUUCGAGUGGCAAGCUGAAGCAGGAGAUGAUCUUGGUGUGUAACGGAAUUCGAAACGAUCUGCAACAUGCCAAUGAAUACAUCCGAGGCAACACCCUUCGUUUCCUGGCCAAACUCCGCGAGCCCGAACUGAUCGAGCCCCUCCUUUCGUCGGCCCGCUCGUGUCUCGACCACCGUCACGCCUACGUCCGCAAGAACGCCGUUUGGGCCGUGGCAUCCAUCUUCCAACACUCCGAGUCUCUCAUCCCCGACGCCCCGGAACUCAUCCAGACCUUCCUCGAGUCGGAGAAUGACCCCACAUGCAAGCGCAAUGCCUUUGCGGCUCUCAUGUCCAUCAGCCACCAAAAGGCGCUGGAGUACCUCGCAACCACGUUCGACAGCGUUCCCAACACGGACGAAUUGCUUCAAUUGGCCGAGUUAGAGUUCAUUCGCAAGGAUGCAGUGCAGAAUACCCAGAACAAGGCACGUUAUCUGAAAUUGAUCUUCGAUCUCCUCGAUGCCCCUACCAGCACCGUGAUCUACGAAGCUGCGACCUCCCUCACCGCUCUCACCAGCAAUCCCGUCGCCGUCAAAGCCGCCGCGGGCAAAUUGAUCGAACUCGCUAUUCGGGAGGCCGAUAACAAUGUCAAGCUUAUCGUGUUAGACCGUGUCGACCAGCUGCGGAUUCGUAAUGAAGGUGUUCUGGAUGAUUUGACCAUGGAGAUUCUGCGUGUUCUCACCAGUCCGGACAUCGAUGUCCGGAGAAAGGCCCUCGGCAUUGCUCUGGAAAUGGUCUCGAGCAAGAAUGUUGAAGAAAUUGUGAUGCUGCUCAAGAAAGAGCUUUCCAAGACCGUGGAUGAGCAAUAUGAACAGAACAGCGAAUACCGCCAACUCUUGAUUCAGUCAAUACAUCACUGCGCCAUCAAGUUCUCGGAAAUUGCCGCCAGCGUCGUCGAUCUCCUUAUGGACUUCAUUGCCGAUUUCAACAACAACUCCGCCGUUGACGUGAUUUCCUUCGUCAAGGAGGUUGUUGAGAAAUUCCCCAAGCUGCGUGCGGCAAUUGUCGAACGCCUCGUCUCCACUCUGAGCGAGGUUCGGGCUGGAAAGGUCUACCGCGGCGUCCUCUGGGUUGUUGGAGAAUACUCCUUGGAAGAGAAUGACAUUCGAGAGGCCUGGAAGAAGAUCCGGGCUAGUCUUGGAGAAAUUCCCAUCUUGGCUUCGGAACAACGGCUGCUCGAUGAGGUCCCCGAUGAUAGUGCUCUUCUUACGCAGGAGCAAGCGAACGGCCAUGCUAAGGCUGCAACCCCGUCUGGAUCGCGGAAGGUGUUGGCGGAUGGAACAUACGCGACAGAGAGCGCUCUCACCAGCCAGUCUGCUGCGGCCGCUCGACUGGAAGCGGUCAAGGCAGCCCAAAAGCCGCCCCUUCGUCAGCUCAUUCUGGAUGGUGACUACUAUCUCGCCACUGUUCUCUCUUCGACCUUGACCAAACUGGUGAUGCGGCAUUCCGAAGUUUCGCAGGAUGCCGCCCGCACCAAUGCUCUUCGCGCCGAGGCGAUGCUUAUCAUGAUCUCGAUCAUGCGCGUUGGCCAGUCACACUUCGUCAAGGCUCCCAUCGACGAGGACUCGGUGGACCGCAUCAUGUGCUGCGUGCGCUCUCUGGCCGAAUUCUCCGAGAAGAAGGAUCUCGAGACCACCUUCCUCGAGGACACCCGCAAGGCCUUCCGUGCCAUGGUCCAGGUUGAGGACAAGAAGAGAGCCGCCAAGGAGGCUUCGGAGAAGGCAAAGAGUGCCGUACAGGUUGACGACGCCAUCCCCAUUCGACAGUUCACCAAGAAGAAUGCCACGGAGGGGGCCGAGGAAAUUGAGCUGGAUCUCGCCAAGGCCACGGGUGGCGAGACCGUCGUGGAGAACGUCUCCUCGAAACUGAGCCGGGUGGUGCAACUAACUGGUUUCUCUGACUCGGUCUACGCGGAAGCCUAUGUUACGGUUCACCAAUUCGAUAUUGUCCUGGAUGUGCUGCUGGUCAACCAAACCGCCGAGACCCUGCAAAACCUGUCCGUGGAGUUUGCGACUCUCGGAGAUCUCAAGGUGGUUGAGCGGCCGUCGACACACAACCUGGGCCCGCGCGACUUCCUGAACGUGCAGGCAACGGUCAAGGUGUCCUCGACCGACACCGGUGUCAUCUUCGGUAACAUCGUCUACGAUGGCGCCAGCUCCACCGAGACUCACGUGGUCAUCCUCAACGACAUCCAUGCAGACAUCAUGGACUACAUCCAGCCAGCGCAGUGCACCGAGACGCAGUUCCGGACCAUGUGGACCGAGUUCGAGUGGGAGAACAAGGUCAACAUCAACUCCAAGGCCAAGACCCUGCGGGACUUCCUUAAACACCUGAUGGAGAGCACGAACAUGGCGUGCUUGACGCCCGACGCGUCCCUCAAGGGCGACUGUCGGUUCCUGAGCGCCAACCUGUAUGCGCGGAGUGUAUUCGGCGAGGAUGCCCUGGCCAACCUGAGCAUCGAAAAGGAGGGCGAUGACGGGCCGAUCACCGGAUUCGUGCGGAUAAGAAGUCGGUCGCAGGGCCUGGCACUGAGCCUGGGCUCGCUGAAAGGACUGAAGGCUGCGGCAGCGUAG